AUGGAAACCUUGAAUAUGCAUCAUGAUGCAAAAAAAUUUAUCUUCUGUUCAUUAUCUAUCUAUCUAUCUAUCUAUCUUGGCCUUCUUUCUAUCUAUCUCAGCCUGUUCCUAUCUAUCUAUCUAUCUAUCUAUCUAUCUAUCUAUCUAUCUAUCUAUCUCAGUCUUUUCUUAUCUAUCUAUCUAUCUAUCUAUCUAUCUAUCUAUAUUAGCCUUCUUUCUAUCUUUCUCAGCCUGUUCCUAUCUCUCUAUCUAUCUAUCUAUCUAUCUUGGCCAUCUUUCUAUCUCAGCCUGUUCCUGUCUAUCUAUCUAUCUAUCUAUCUAUCUCAGUCUGUUCAUUAUCUAUCUAUCUAUCUCAGUCUGUUCUUUAUCUAUCUAUCUAUCUAUCUAUCUUGGCCUUCUUUCUAUCUCUGCCUGUUCCUAUCUAUCUAUCUAUCUAUCUAUCUAUCUAUCUAUCUAUCUAUCUCUCAGUCUGUUCAUUAUCUAUCUAUCUAUCUAUCUAUCAAGUCAUGUCGGUUAAUAUCUAUCUAUAUGUCUAUCUAUCUAUCAGCUUCCUUCUUUCUUUUUUUUAACUUUCUAUUGCUAUAUCUGUUUAUCUAUCUAUCUCUUUCUUUCCUUUUUACUUUUUUAUUGAUCUAUAUAUCUUUGUCUGUUUCUUUCUUUCUAUCUAUCUAUCUAUCUAUCUCAUCCUGUUUAUUAUCUAGAUAUCUCUUUCUUUCUAUCUCUGUCUCUUUCUUUCUUUCUAUCUCUUUCUUUCUUUUUUACUUUCUAUCUAUCUAUCUAUCUAUCUAUCUAUCUAUCUAUCUAUCUAUCUAUUUCUUUCUUUCUAUUUAUCUCAGCCCAUUCGGUAUCUAUCUAUCUAUCUAUCUAUCUAUCUAUCUAUCUAUCUAUUAG